AUGAGAUCCGUCAAAUGGGCCAUGUUCAACUUCCACUUUUGGUGUGGCCUACAAGAUUGGGGCGUCAGUUUUCUGACCGUUCCCUACAUUCUGUGGCCCGCGUUCGCCGGCAUUCCAAUGGGACUCUUCUCGAAACUGGGACUGAAACCCGUCUUCCAAUCCUAUCUCGUCAUGUCGUUUGUUGCUCGUGAGUGUCACACUUUUGACCCCCAAACUGAUCGAAAUCGAUGCGCGUUCAGUGAGCGCCGUGGCGAUUCUCACCAUCUUCGAGCACCGCUUCUAUCUGCUGUUCGCCAAGAACACUCGCUGGCGCUACUAUCGUAUUCCGUAUCUCGCCUCGUUGUAUUUAUUCGCAAGUACAAUUUAUGUUCACUUUGGACUCAAUAAACCCGAUCAGGAUGAUGCAAGACGGCAGGUUCUGCAGGUAGGCCAAGGAUUGAAUGUUAGACACCUUUCAACUUUUUAGCUGCUUUAGAUUCUACCCACACUCCCGUCCUACAUCAAUGAAAACGAAAUCUUCGUGUUCACAUUGGACGCCCAGCUCCUCACCGUAUUCACAGCGAUCGCACUGCUCCUAGUUGGCGGCGGAAUUGCUCUUUUUUCCGGUCUCUUGUACCACAAUAUGCACAAACGAUUGAAUCGAAUGCAACUGUCCAGGAACAGCUUCAGGAUGCAGCAAAAGUUUUUGACAUCUGUCAAAAUUCAGGUGAGCACUUUUGUAUACUAUCGAAAGAGUGAAAACGAACGUUGGUUGUGUCAGAUCUCAACACCGCUGCUCCUUCUGAUCGCUCCGUGCGCGUACGUCGGCUCUUCCAGCUGGUUCGUCUAUUACAAUCAGACGUUCAACAACUUUUGCGUUAUAAUUGUGUCGUCUCACGGAAUACUCUCGACCAUCAUGAUGAUUUGCAUGCACAAACCGUAUCGAGAGUUCUGUCACGGAUUGAUUCACUCGGAACAGAGCACUUGUAAACAAUCGGUGCCUUCGAGACGGAGAAUUCACACAAGUGUUAUCAAUUCUGUACUUUGAAUGAAUCGAUUGUUUUUAAUGUCCCCUUUUCGUUCCAAUCUCUUCACGUACUCACUUGCCUCGAACUUUCCCGUUCACUUAUUCGGAGCCUGUAUUGUAUUCUGCUCAAAAUUCCGGAUUUCAUGGAAUCGAUGAAAUGGUGCAUGUUCAACUUUUGGAUUUCGCUCUAGAAGUGUUCUACCAGAUCCUUCCGCCUUUUUCACUUUCACAACAGCUUUUCAACUAUCACAUAUUCGUCUUCUCCAUGGAAAUUCGGCUAAUUAUGGUGUUGUCCGCCGCCGAACAAUUUUCAGUUAUAUUUCAAGUGCUUGUGUUUAUCGGGUUGUUAUUUCGGAAUAUGAUUCAUACUAUAUGAAUGUGUGAUUCAGUUGACCUCAAGAAAUGCAUUCUAUUUUCAGAACAAGUUCAUACAGGUAAGAAAAACAUGGUUCUAUUAUUGGUUCAGACGCAGGAGUCCCAGUCCCGAGAAACUACAUAAAAAGUGUUUGAAAGUCAAACUCAACUUCUAGAUCGCCACAAGAGAUAUCACCAGCAUAUUUAAAAAACGACAGAAAGAACAAUAUUAUUAAUAAAUUGUGAUGAAAAAGGCAAAAGCUUACAACAUCCAGGAUUCCCAGGCCGUCUCCGAUCCAAGUACUAACUGGACUCAACGUUGCUUAACUUGCCAGAUCGGACGGGAUGGCGUGUACACUGCCGGUCAUAAUUAUAGGUUCACUUCAAUUUUUCGAAUAUUUCGAAAACUAGGCGCUGUAUUCAAAAAAGUUCUUAAGGGGAUUUUCGGUCACCCAAGGUACCACAAAUGUACAAACUAAACCAUUCGACUUCAGUGAGAAAUUUUCCAAAAAUCGUGAUUUCUCGAAAAAGUGACUUUAGCGGUUGGUCAUAAUUAUAGGUUCACCACUGAAAUUAGCCAGAGGGUCAACUGAAUAAUUUUUAAUUUUAGCCAUAACGUCUUCUAAGACUGAUUAUGACCGUUUUACAUCGAUUUCCGACAAGCUUCUCGGUUCCCUGAUUUUUUGAACCAACUUUCAUUGAGUUUUGGGUCAAUCAUAACUUUUCGUCUUAAAAUCGAACCUAACUUCGGUUUUUUGGCCGGACGACAACAGGAUCAUUCUGGAAUGAGUAUUUAGUGAGGUUUUGUGAAGUUUCAUUGAGAAUCUACGAGAAUUUGAUAUCUUUCUCUAAAAGUGCUUUGGUCGACUAGUCCCAAGUAAGUUUACAUCUGGUUUUUGCUCAAAUUUGGAGCAAUCUCUGAGAGACUUGACGGCAACAUGAAGGACCCAACCAACAAUGCACUUGCCAAGUUUGGUACGAAUCCGAUCAUUCUGACCAAACUUCGGAGACGGUUGUCAGUUUCGAUCCCUCAAAAAAUGCAGAAAAAUUUCAUGCUCUGGAUUUGCUCGGGACUAGGGGGGAAUGAAAGGCCCUAUAAAGGGUAAAAAACGCGAAAAAGGUUUCAUCUCUGUUUUGGUGUUUAGCCGAGAUAUGAUCAAAAGUAUGAAAAAACGGUACAUCUUUUUCGAAAAGUCGCAUCUCCGUCAAUUUUUGAGUAAAACACUCGGUAAAAAAAGGAAAAUGUAGCUAAUGAGAUGGUCUUUAAGCAUACAAUUGAUUAUCUUUGACGAAACAAAUUCUUAGAAGAGAUAUUCAACAAAAUAUGAAAACGUUUGUACUUAUGUACACUAUUUUGCGAAUACAGUUUGACGGGACUAUCACCAUUAGAUUCAGCGUCUAAAAUAAGGGCCGUAUGCAAAAAUUUUGCCUUGGGAAAUCGCUUUGACGGAAAAAAAGUUAUCGACAAUAUGCUUUGCCCCUGUUUUCUUGUGGUUCUGUCUGUUUGCUAGCCUGUAUCUCCUCAACCGGUAGAGAUACCAAAACGUUGUCAACUGUAAAGUUAAAGGUACAUGUCCAAGCUAUAAAACUUUAGUUGAACGCUUUUUUUUAUCUCUACUCGUUCACAUUUCGAAGUGUGACUCUCCUACCGUCAAGUAGAGAAGGGUGUUCGAAACAAGCAUGAGUCAUAAAAUAUUUCGAAAGAGAUCGGAUCAACACAGGCUGAACGACAUUUGAUGUCUAGCCUCUUAUUGAGCAUUUUUUAUGUUGAGACCAAAAUUGUAGGACCACUCCUUAAAUGCGAUAAUAUCAGUUUUUGAGUGAUCACUCGGAAACGGCCAUAACUUGUGAACGAGUAGAGAUAAAAAAAAGCGUUCAACUAAAGUUUUAUAGCUUGGACAUGUACCUUUAACUUUACAGUUGACAACGUUUUGGUAUCUCUACCGGUUGAGGAGAUACAGGCUAGCAAACAGACAGAACCACAAGAAAACAGGGGCAAAGCAUAUUGUCGAUAACUUUUUUUCCGUCAAAGCGAUUUCCCAAGGCAAAAUUUUUGCAUACGGCCCUUAUUUUAGACGCUGAAUCUAAUGGUGAUAGUCCCGUCAAACUGUAUUCGCAAAAUAGUGUACAUAAAUACAAACGUUUUCAUAUUUUGUUGAAUAUCUCUUCUAAGAAUUUGUUUCGUCAAAGAUAAUCAAUUGUAUGCUUAAAGACCAUCUCAUUAGCUACAUUUUCCUUUUUUUACCGAGUGUUUUACUCAAAAAUUGACGGAGAUGCGACUUUUCGAAAAAGAUGUACCGUUUUUUCAUACUUUUGAUCAUAUCUCGGCUAAACACCAAAACAGAGAUGAAACCUUUUUCGCGUUUUUUACCCUUUAUAGGGCCUUUCAUUCCCCCCUAGUCCCGAGCAAAUCCAGAGCAUGAAAUUUUUCUGCAUUUUUUGAGGGAUCGAAACUGACAACCGUCUCCGAAGUUUGGUCAGAAUGAUCGGAUUCGUACCAAACUUGGCAAGUGCAUUGUUGGUUGGGUCCUUCAUGUUGCCGUCAAGUCUCUCAGAGAUUGCUCCAAAUUUGAGCAAAAACCAGAUGUAAACUUACUUGGGACUAGUCGACCAAAGCACUUUUAGAGAAAGAUAUCAAAUUCUCGUAGAUUCUCAAUGAAACUUCACAAAACCUCACUAAAUACUCAUUCCAGAAUGAUCCUGUUGUCGUCCGGCCAAAAAACCGAAGUUAGGUUCGAUUUUAAGACGAAAAGUUAUGAUUGACCCAAAACUCAAUGAAAGUUGGUUCAAAAAAUCAGGGAACCGAGAAGCUUGUCGGAAAUCGAUGUAAAACGGUCAUAAUCAGUCUUAGAAGACGUUAUGGCUAAAAUUAAAAAUUAUUCAGUUGACCCUCUGGCUAAUUUCAGUGGUGAACCUAUAAUUAUGACCAACCGCUAAAGUCACUUUUUCGAGAAAUCACGAUUUUUGGAAAAUUUCUCACUGAAGUCGAAUGGUUUAGUUUGUACAUUUGUGGUACCUUGGGUGACCGAAAAUCCCCUUAAGAACUUUUUUGAAUACAGCGCCUAGUUUUCGAAAUAUUCGAAAAAUUGAAGUGAACCUAUAAUUAUGACCGGCAGUGUAUUCAACGUGAUGUGGUCGUAAGCGAAAUUAACAGUGUGCCGUCACCAUCAUAUUCUCGCAGCCACCGCCUCUGUUUCCACCUCGUCUUCUUCGAAAAAUCGCUUGGCGGCGGCCGCACUAAAUGUUGUGUGCUGUGGUGAGGCCUCGCUCUCGCCGUCCCUCGGACAUGUCGGCUGCGCGCAUUGUUGAAGAGCGGCGACGCAGCGUUAGCGUCGGUUUAAUUACCCAAGUUUUGAGUCAGUUCAUCUUGGGAUUAAACCACCCUGCCUUCUGGAUCUAUUCCCCCCCCGCCAUAUUCACACUAUGACCGAGCUAGGUACGACCGAAUUGCUCCAAAACAGCAUUAUUCGCUCCUCUGCCGCCCGUAGGUCCCAGUGUACUUCCCCGGAGCACAUGUUGUUCCAAACCCUUGAUUCCCUUAACGGAAUUGCUCACAGGAUGAGCUCCGCCCAUAACGGUGGAAACCCCAAUUCUCAUAACAGAAUUGCUCACAGGAUGAGCCCCGCCCAUAAUGGAAUGGCUCACAGGAUGAGCCCCGCCCAUAAUGGAAUUGCUCACAGGAUGAGCUCCGCCCAUAACGGUGGAAACCCCAAUUCUCAUAACAGAAUUGCUCACAGGAUGAGCCCCGCCCAUAAUGGAAUUGCUCACAGGAUGAGCCCAGCCCAUAAUGGAAUUGCUCACAGGAUGAGCCCCGCCUAUAAUGGUCUAAAAAGUGCAUUUAGUAUUCGCAUAAACGAAUAUUAUCUGCCGCCGAAGUCAAAUGACAGAAGCUCCGCCCCCAAAAAGUGGAGAAUUGAAGUCAAAUGACGGAAGCACCGGCAAUCUCAAAAAGGAAAGCCUUCCAAAGAUCCUCUGUGAAGUGGAAAGUCUGGGAAAUUGUAUAGUUGUAGGUAAAACUCCCGCAACUCAAUCGAUUCUCUCGUCUGACCCCUCAGAAAUCGAUAAUCUGGCAAAGGACCAGGCCGACUCCCAGGUCUCGUGGAAGACCAUCUCUGACCAUAGAAUUAGAGGUGGCGCAAUGAGAGAAAAGAGUAAGGAACGAUCAAACGUUUACACGAUGGUAUUAUUGAAAAAAAGACAAGCGACUCCCAAACCGUCGUGUGUCAACUACAAUAUCCAACAGAUAAACUGGUUUGUUGUUACCACCGGGGAUGUGAAACCCGUUCCCAAGCAGGACUUGGAGCGGAAGAAUUGAAAUACUUGACUAGACAUUUGGAAAAGGUCCAUGCUGUCAAAAAGGUCAAGUGGACUUACAUUUGUACGAUCUGCGGGGAGACCCCCAAUGAAAAUCUUGCAUACCCGUCCAGAUGGAUGAAAACGCAUCUGGAAAAAGUCCAUAACAAAGAAGCCGAAAAGAAAUUUAGUAUCGGAAGCGGUACUAGAUCUCGAGCGGCCAGUGCACUGAAUGAUUCAGCACCAUCUUUAGCACCUCCUAGGAAGACAACGUCCAGAAAGACCGAGUCCAAGGUGAUAGAGUUUUCGACUCCUGAAAAGAUUACAGAGUUGGAAAGCAAGAUUCAAACGAGAGGAGUGGCAAAGUCCCUCAGUGCUCUGAAAGAAUCGGUAACAAAGAAAGAAAGAGAGGAAGUUGGCAAGAAACCAAAACUUGCUCCUAUCCUUGAAAAAGCUGAAAAGAAAAGUGCUCGGAAAAGCCUAGCGAAUGUUCUGAAAACGGAGACAACAUCAAGUUCCAGAAACAGCUCUAUCGGAGCGGACUGCGACCUGAAAAUGUUGACCGGAAUUGAGAGAAUAAAAGCGGCUCGAGAGCAAAGCUCAAAGCAGGCUCGCCUUUCUACUCAGAAAAGGAUGAGUUUGUCAGCAGUGGGAAAAUCUCCAAAAAGGGAGCCACAAACAAAGGAAUUGGAAAAAGAAACCAUUCCUGAUCCAGUAGUGACGACAAUGGAAAACCCCAUUGAAUCGGAAGCGCUGGAAGAAGAAGAAGACCUGAACAGAACUUUUGUCAUCGAUGAUGAUGAUGAAAUAGUCUCGAGAAGGUUCAACACAUGGUGCCUGGACCAUGAAACCUCAAAGGAGGCAUGGUUAAGUGACGACAUCAUAUUCUGGUAUCUGAAGCAUCUUUGCGCAAAAAGCACAAAGUAUGAAACUUUGGAUCCAAUUAUGUGGGAAAUGUACAAAAGAGAAGGAAUCAUGCUCAUAAAGCAAAAACUUUGGAGCACGAAAACCUACUUUUUCCCAGUUUGCGAAAAUAACCACUGGAUCCUUUUGGUGAUAAGCUUAACUGGAAUCUGGUACGCAAACAGCUUCCUACGUGAACCCGAAGGAAAAGUUCAACAGUUUAUUGAGGAAUUGGGGACUGAACGGAAAAAGUUCGACACUCCAAAUCCCUGCCAGACAGAUGGCAUAAACUGCGGUGUUCAUGUAUGCCUGAUGGCAAAAUCAUGUCUAAAUGACGACUAUUGGUAUACCGAAAAAGAGGUCCAAUCGUUCCGAAAAGAUGUGAAAAAGAUGCUCAGAGCAAACGGAUAUGACCUGUACUCUGAACAAUACCGUGAUUUCCACCAAACAGAUGAAACCACGAAAAAACCAGAAAGUCCAGAAAAAGUGGACACUUCUGAGGUGUCAGUUGAAUCCCCAAUGGAUAUUCCACAUGUUGGUCAACCGGAAGAAGUGGAUAGAGUUUCCAUCCCAAAACUGAUGGACCUAAAACUCGAAUGCCCUCCACAUCUUCUACAAAAAGUUGCUCCAAAAGUGGUCAAACCAAAGGAGAAACCCACUAAACAGAUGGGUAAAGCACGCAAAGUGCCAACUGGAAAACCAGAGGAACUGGUCGUGAAAGGUACGAGAAUGGUUCCAAAAAGAGUUCCAAUCGUACAUUCAAGACGGUAGAAGCUUCCAAAGAUUGGAGUGGAUCACCGACGUCCUGACAGCCGCCAUACAAAAAGGCCUCUGUUGGGGACACCCAGGCAAUCGAGAAGAUUGUGAAAAAGAUGCCCACCCUUGGAAGUGGAAGAGGGUGAGAUGGCAACGCAAACGGAUCCAAAAAGGAUUCCCAAGAAGGGUAACAGCAACCCGACUGGAGAUGGUGACAGCCGCAAAGGGCCACCAGUCUCUCAAAGGGACUCGUACUGGCAAAACCGGACGAAGACCUUUAACCAACUGAUCGGCAAAGAAUCGAAGCAAUGCGAGAUCCCGAUCAGUCAACUUGAACAGUUCUUCAAAGAAAACCACCUCUGUCACAAAUGUAACAAAAAGAGGUUCUGGAAUCAAAAAAAGUUCCAAAAUCCCAAAGAUAAAAAAGUGGGACAGUGGAUUGUAGACCCAUUCACUGAACAGGAAUUGGCAGUUGCUCUUAAGAAAACCAAAGACACUGCUCCUGGAGUUGACGGACUGAGAUACCAUCAUCUAGAAUGGUUCGAUCCUGAUCACAGAAUUCUGACGCCCCUGUACAAUGAAUGCAAGGAGCAUCGGAAGAUUCCAUCACAUUGGAAAGAGGCAGAAACGAUCCUUCUAUACAAAGGAGGAGACGAAUCUAAGCCCGAGAACUGGAGACCAAUCAGUCUCAUGCCAACCAUCUACAAACUAUAUUCGAGUUUGUGGAACCGAAGAAUCCGGUCAGUGAAGGGUGUCAUGAGCAAGUGUCAAAGGGGAUUCCAAGAGCGGGAGGGUUGCAAUGAAAGCAUUGGAAUCCUUAGAACCGCGAUUGAUGUGGCGAAGGGCAGGAAAAAAAGAACCUGUCAGUCGCCUGGCUCGACCUUACCAAUGCGUUCGGUUCAGUGCCACAUGAGCUCAUCGAGCACACUCUGGAAAAGUUGCACUUUCGGACUCCCGAAAAAAAUCACUGAAAGACAUGAUGCAGUGCUCAUGAAAGUGAAAAACUCAUCGAAGCUGGUUCAAAGAAAGACUGGAAACUGA